AUUAGACAAUGAUCCAUGUUACAAAAUUGCAAACUUGUCUAAAAUAAACGUACACAAAAAAAAUGGCUUCAAUAUCACCUCUACAAACUUUUUCUUCUUGCAACAAAACUGCUACUUUUGGUCACAAGUUGGUUGCACCUAGAGUUCAAUCUCUAGGCACGAGCCAUAGGCGAGGAUCACUUACGGUUGUCGCAGCCGUUGGCGAUGUCUCGUCAGAAGGCACAACCUAUCUAAUCGCUGGGGCUGCCGCCAUUGCGCUUUUGGGGACCGCCUUCCCUAUACUUUUUUCACGAAAAGAUACAUGCCCGGAAUGCGAUGGAGCAGGGUUCGUGAGGAAAUCCGGUGUGACAUUGAGGGCGAAUGCUGCGAGGAAGGACCAGGCGCAGAUUGUUUGUGCUAAUUGCAAUGGAUUAGGCAAACUUAAUCAAGUUGAUAAGUAGUACACUGUAUAUUGCUUCUUUGGAUUGCCUAGUUUUCGGAUUUGUAUCUAUUAUUAAUAAUGCUACAACAUGGUAUAUAUGUUCUUGGUAUAAAAUAACCUGCUAUAUCUAACUUCCCCAAA